AGACGGCGCGUCAGAUGCGCCGCCCGGGAACGCUGCCCGUCGCGAACAAUGCUUCCGGUCACCGCGGAGGAACUGGAGGAGGAAAAGGAGGAGGUAAUGGAACGGGAGGAGGCGGUAGGGGCGUCGUGGAUGACGGCACGUCGUCGCUGAGCGCCGCACCAAUCGACGGAGUCACGUCCAGCGGAGCGAGAUCCCAUUACUCCAGUCACUCCCUGCGUCGAACGCCACAUUCGCAGCCGCAGCUCUCGGCCAGAGAACCGGACGACCGGAUGCGAACUCUAGAAUCUGAACUUCAGAAUGGAAUUCCGGCUGGUCGUCAUCAGUCGUCGCCACCGCCGCCGCUGCCCUCCAGGCAUCAGGCAAACUGUGGCCAGUCUUCGUAUCCCACUCUGCCGGUCAACGGACACGCUGCUCAUCAUUAUCAUCAUCACGCGAGGGAGCGCGAAAAAGACAGAUCGUCCGCUCGCGAGAGAAAUCGUGAGCGGGACAAAGGUUCACCGCCGUCGCCACCGCCACCGCCCCUAUCAUUGCACCGAUCUGAUAAGCAUCGAGAGGCCCAACUGGAGAUGGAGCUGCGCGAUAGCCUUGACAUGGGUGUUAUCGGAACAUAUCGAGCGUAGACGAGCGCCGAUGAACCGGAUGCGACACCUUGCAGAUCAAGAAAAUGAGAAGAUGCUUCUGAAGUCCAGAAAAAAUAUAAUGGCACGUUCGUGUAAACUCCUCCGCGUUGUUUCACUUAAUACGGAAAAAUUCGCAAUAAGGAUAUUUCAAAGAUAUGUGACGAUGACAACCUGAAGUUCUUGUCGUCAUGAAGGGCAAAGAAAAGAGAUAAAAGGAAGACUGAGGAAAUAUUGAAAAAUAUCAAGAAGUGAGAACAAAAGCGAGUAUAACCGCCUGUCGAUAUGAUAAUUUCAUCGGAAAUAUAUAUCUAUUUGAUUGAUCAUCGAUGUAAUAGUGCUGCAAUCAGCUGAUCAGCUCUCUUUUCUGACACAAAAUAACAUUAUAAAAAUUACGUAUUUCGUCAGCUCUCAACGGUUUUUUAGUAAAUUUAUCUUUCCGUGCGACCACUUGAGGAUUAAUACUCUCUACAUUAUGUUGGGGUAUCAUCGUCUCAUAAAUCUCCAAAAAAGAGAAGAUUCAACAAACACGGAAAUGACUUUUGCCAGGAGUUUUCUCCGUUUUAUCACUGAUGACCAUAAGAUUGUCGCAGCCUUGUCAAGGAUGAGUGAUGCCAAACGGAAAUCCUUCGCGGAUGAAUAAUCCGUGAGAAGACAGGGUCGAUCUAUGAUCCUAAACCGACGGAAAUGACGGGCCAUCGGUCACGUGGAGCCUGUUGUUCCAUGUGAUACACAUACAUACACGUAAAAAUGCUGAUAUACGGUAUGAUCGUGCCGAGACCACCGAGCUCGAUUGAAAUUGAAGUCGAGUGACUCUUCGAAAGAUCCAGAGAAUCAACGACAACAUAACGAGUCGCUUAAACAGCGCCGAAGAAAUGACCGACAGCAAUUCGUUAGGGUCUAUCGAUUCGUCGCCCGAUCGUUUUAUUCGAGACGAACACGCGACGAGAAUUCGUAUCACGAAACGUGUAUCAUAAGUGAGGAGAUAUCGUACUAUAAAGAACGUAGAACUGCAGCUAUAUAAAUAUACAUAUACAGAUAAAUAAAUAAAAAAGUAUAUAUAUAUAUAUAUAUAUAUAUAUAUAUAUAUAUAUACAUAAAUUAUAUAUAUUCUAAACGGUCGAAUUAUUUUCUAAAUAAAAACACCAAUGUACAGAGGCAAUGACAGAGACGAUAUAGUUGAGCUAGUGUCACGCGUCCUCGACUAUCGUAAUUUUAAUGAAUUUAACUUUAAAUCGAGAGUAUCCGGGUACCUGCCUAUUAAGAAGAAAAGAGAAUGAAAAUCAGUAAGCGGGUACUCGCUUGCAAUUCGAUCCUUCGAUCGCCAAGAGAGAAGAGAUCAUGCAGAAAUUAUCAAAAUAUUGGUAUCGCGCGCGAAUUAGUCGUAUGUAAGAUCGACCGUUUCUUUUUCUGGUCGAUGUGUAAGACUCGUUAAGGAUUUAACCUUAAGAAGGUUUACGCUGUUGUUAAGGAACCGCGCAGGUUUCUGAACGCGGAUAUCGUCAGUUUCUUUCGUUUUAGCGAAUGGGUGUCUUUCGAGAUCUAAAUGUCAAUCCACGCGAUAGAGACAUUAGAGAAUUCUCGUUGGUUUAUCAUAUUCGAAACAAUGGCCAAAAAUUAAAAAUUUAUUUUAUUAUUAUUAAUAUUAUUAUCGAAGCGUAUUUUUCGUAUAAAAAACUGAAAAAAAAUUGUCCCUUAUUUUUAUAGUUUUUUUUAAAUUUUGAUUUUAUUUGAAAAGGAGAGAGAAAGAGAAAGAAAGGACGCUUCUAUUUCAUCUAUUUCAUAGUCCAUAGUGGAAUCGAUCCAUUACCCUUGUCAGGAUUUUUUAAUUCACACGAAGAAAGUAACAUCUCGGCGCAUUCUCGCCGAUGCGAUGCCAAAUUUCAGCCGAUCUCCAAUUCACGCCAUCGGAAUAGUCCUUUAAUCGCCAUUAAAUGAUGUUGGUAUACGCCACGUGGGUAACUUUCGGGUCACUUUUACUCUCGAUAUUAUACAAGGCAAUUCCUGCGGCAGCGCGCGGCGCGCAUCGGAAAUCCCAUGGUCCUGAUAAAUCGCGGUUACAUUAAAAUGCACGGGGCGCGGCCGAGUUUAAGUUAGUUUCCCGAGAGACGUAAUGGCUACGGUAGAAAGAGCGAGAAAACGAAAAAAGGGAAGAGAGAAAGAGUAAAGAAGGAGAGAGGGCAAGGUACGGCGAAGAUGUACUUCACGGAACGAGAUUAUUUUUCCGCCCGAGUGUACCCAGUGGAAUUCCACGGUCACCCGGCCUGAGAAAGGUGACUGCACCUUGAAUCGACUCCCGGCGGCGCGGUACAGUCGCUUGCUCGCUAGCUCGCUGCUGGGCGUGGAAGAGAGUAGCGGAAUUUCAGCUCCGGCAGAAUCUGCAACGGGUUCCGAAGAUUAAGGCUCGAAGAUCAUUAACUCGUCGGCACGACGGAAAUCGGACGGAAAUUGAAUACGUUUAGUAUUUACAGCGAUGUGAGUUGAACGGUCUCGAAGAAAUAUCGCGAUUACUUUUUUUUUUUUUUUAAUCGACUUCUUCCUUUUUUUCUCUUUGUUUCUAUCGCGCGCAGUAAUAGUAAUAAAGUUACACAAAAAUCAAUUUUUAAAAAGUUAAAAGAAAAGACGUGUGUGCAUAUAUACAUAGCAAACAUGAUUUAUAAAAUUAUAGAUACGUUAAAAAUGAAACAAUGUGCUUAACAUUAAAGCUUAAGGAAUAAAUGUCGUCUAGAUAAAAUACGAUAGUAUUGGUACACCGAGCAUGAUUUAUCGGAGGAAAAUUACGGAUGUAUCGAAUGGCGAAGAUACGCCAGGAGUGAAAGUUACUAUCGAUAAUGGAGUAACCGUCGUUCGAUAUCGCCCGAAGAAAGAUAUAUUGCAGCUCUACUUUUAGGUAUAACUGUGCACAGAAUUCUCUCUUCUCUCCUGUGGAUGCGUUUGCACAUAUCUCAAGGACACUCUCAUCUUCGCUCUCAUAAAACCCUUUCUAUCCCGUUGACGCCAUUUGGCAUCGCAGACUUUAUUAUUUCAUAUGCGACGCGAAUUUGUCUGGAUAAAAGCAAGAUUUAUAAUAUUCGACUACGUUCCUUCGAAGUAAGAUUAAAUUAUAUGUAUAUCAUUGCGUAUCAUAAUUUAAUAAUAAAUUAAAUCGUGAGAGGAAAGCGAGAGAAAUAUCAAUGUAUCGAAACAAGAUUUGGCUGCCAAGGAUCGAGAUUCGCAAGUAAUUUUAAGUAACCGCUGAAAUUUCCAGAUGAGUGUGUGAUUUUUAUAUUAAGUUUCCGAUAUCAACGGUAAUCGAGUAUACGUCGAUAAUUUUUCGAAAUGGUUCGAUAUUAUUCUGUAAACAUUCCGCGCUGCAACGCGCUUUGAGAAAAUAAGUGUAACACGUUCUGAAAAAAUGCUAAACAUAUAUUAAUUAUAAAAUCCGGAUAUUCACGAAAUAUCGUUUGAAACGAGCGACUCUUAGAGAUAAGUUGAACACGAGAAAUCAAAUUGUAAUCAUAAUCUAGCGCCUGUUUUUUGGUAAACGAAUAAUGUCACCGCAAAUCUGAGAAAGAUUUACAACAUUAUUUCUGCUCAAAUUAUGACUGCCACAAAGAAGAGCCAACAUUUUUAUUAUUGCAUUGUUGUAAGUCGCAAAUACGAUUUAUAAUUUUAUACCUAACAAUUUUCACUAUUUUACAAACACGUUUAUAUCAUAUGUCGAAGACUACUUUAAAUUCGUGAAUGUUCAUGAGCGUUAUGCUCAAAUCGAAUUUUACAGACUAAACAAACGGCAUAAGAAACAUGAUCUCUUAAUGAUAUAUAAGUAAUUUUAAUUUUUUUUUGAGAAUAUGAUAUUACGUUUACGCUGUAAUAUUACAUAUACAUAUGGACGAAUAGUUGCAUAUAUACUAUAUUACGUGUUUGAGGAUCAAUAUAAUGCAUAUGUUCCGUGACGCAAACACUCAUGAAACGAUGCACUAAAAGCAAGCUAGCGAUAUUUCGGACUCUCUAAUGUUACGAUAUCGGCAGAAAAAACUAGAGAUAUAGUAUUUAAUUUCGUAAGUUUGGAAACUAAAAACGAUAAUCCGAAAUAUUCUGAGAAACUUCGAAAAAUUUCGCGGGAUGGCUUUAUCCUCGACGCUUUCGACAAAACGGGAGUAAAAUCGAGAAGCUUCUCUGCGAAACACGCGAUGUAACAUUUGUAUGAUCUUGAACGGCGAUGCAAGAAAAGCUUCUGGAAAGACCAAUAGUAUAAUUGCACUUCUUUUAAAAUAAAAAUGAUUAUUGCAUUGUUCGUGAUGAUUUUUUUCAUGCUAAUUUCAAAUAAUGUCGAAAGUUGAUAGUGCAAAAAUAAAUUUGAAAAAGUAUUUUUUGGAAAUUCUUAUGUUACGAAAAUGAUGAUAACAAAUCCUUGUAUAUGUUUUAUGCGUAAAUUGUGAUGUGUUCUAUUUCUGCCCAAUCUAUAUUGCGAUAUUGUCGAAAAAUGUUAACGGACCGCGAAUUUGUGCGAAUCCAAAUUCGGAAUUAUUAUAUUUUCAUGUAUAUAUAUCAAGCUAAAGUUUAUGUAAUGCAAAUUAGUUUCACGAUUUCGAGGCGAGUCAUCUUAAAUGGAUAAAUCUUAAAUAGCAUAAUUAAAAUGCAUUGUGAAUGUCAGGAUUCAAGUAUCAUAGAUAAUGCUGUCAGCAGAAAAGAAAAAGUAUUAAAAAACCGUCACACAAUAGAAGCGGGACGACAAAAAGUGUAUAUUUUACGAUAUGACCGUGAUACACUAAAAACUCAUCAUAUAAUAUUAUCGUAUCGCUAGUCAAUCGACGCGUUUCGAAAGAAGGAAGAGAUGGAAAGAGGAGAAAGGAAUAAAAAUAUAGAAAGAAAGGGGUGUUUGAAUGAUGGAGUAAAUUAAUCGAAAUAUUAAAUUAUUGUACAAAAUUGAGCGCCGGUAGUUCGUAAGGCCUAUUGUAUCUUUUUUUCCGUUUCGUAUCGAUUACGUAUACGAUACGCACAUGUAAAGAGAGUGCCGCGGCAUAAUGAAAUACACGAACGAGAAUUGAAGAAUAUAUAAUCUAAAUCCAAUUGAAAGACUUUAUCGUUUAUAUGUCUCCUGAAGAUAUAAAAAUAGAAAUUCAAAUUUAAUUGUAAUAAAUAAAUGAAAAUAUAAAAUUUUUAAUUAAUCGAAAAUGUGAGACAAAAUUACUCAUAUGUUUUCUAUACUUAAUUAUCAUAUCUAUUUCUUUUAAAUAUAUAUAUAUAUAUAUAUAUAUAUAUAUAUAUAUAUAUAUGUAUUUAAUUUUUUUAUUCGUUAUAUGCAUCUCAUACUCGUGUAUUUCACUGUGACUCAGCUCCUAAAUCGGCGCCGCGUCAAAAGGCGUGCGCACCUCUCGUCUCAUAUCUGUCAUAACACUCUCAUCCGAGUUCCUUCUGCCAUUCGAGAGAUAAGCUCGAGUUCUGCCAUUCGACCGCGAGCUCACGAUGCCGUUAUGGGACGACGACAGGGCGUCGAUUGACGAAUUCCGCGUACUUAGCUGCGCGCAAUGCAAUCUCUCGCCGAAGGUGCCAGUGUGCAAACACGCGCUUAUCACUACUCUCGAUAAACUUAGUAUCAAUACGCGCUCUGUGCACUAUUGUCAUCGCGAUUCCCUGAUAUGUGCAUGAUAACGGGAAUUUACGGAGCGAAGGCGGACAUAACGAUUAACCCUCUAUGGCAUGCAACACACUUUCGAUAUAUUUAUUUAAAGAAAAAAAUUGGAUUUUUUUUUAUGUUAACAGUCAUAAUAGAAACAAAUUUCGAGAUCGAAUUAAUCGCGCCGCUAAUUUAUUUUGGGAUAUGUAGAAAUGACAUCUAACAUGUCAGUCUCUGCUAAGUGCUCAGUUUGUUAAUUGGAUUCGAUCUAGAAGGAGAAAUUAAUUUCAUCCACAAAAAGGGUUGACGAAUUAAAUAAGUUAGACAAGUUUCUCUUCGAUAAUACCCCAUAUAUCGAAUUUAAACGACCUAAUCUUAAAUUGUGAUAUAUAUGUGUAGCAUUUGAUUCUCGUGCAGCUGUGCGAAACUGUAAAUUUCACAUGAUGAAUUAUAUGCACAUUCCACGGAAGAUCGUAUAUCAUUUAAGUGAUAUUUCGCGCUUCUCCAGGAUGGCGGAACUUAAAGCUUUUUCAAUCGAUGAUAUCUUUAGGCGAUUGUAAUUUUUCGAUCUCGUCUCUCUGUGCACUUUAGAUUUGAAAGACUAUCAUAGAGAAUCGAGGUCCAGUCGAGAUUUGAUCGGCAAACGUGCCGAUGCAUACAGACGAUAUACAUACGACACACUCUCAAUUUUAUUCACACAAACGCGCACGCACACACUUACACACUGUACAUUCAUGUAAAGCAUAGCGGAGCCUUAUUGAGAAAGCAAUAUUCAUUACCUUAAACUGCUUAAAGUAUUUUCAAGCUGCUAAUCUAUCGAGUGAUUAAUUCCUACGUUAGGUAAAAGAAUGAAACGUCUCUCCUGCGAUGCGAACAAGGAUUACUCGACGAUCGCGAAACGAUUCGCGAUCCGGCGAGGAUUUGAAUUCGCGCGAGAGGACUAGAAGCUGCGCGACCCACGGAUAACUCGUGCCAGGAAUAAUCGUGAAGAUCCAUUUUUGAAUUUUGAUCAUCUAUUACCGCGGAUAAAGUAUACAUCGAGUUUGAAGUCUCUUCUUUAGAUUUCUCUGACGUUUUUCGAAAAUAUUACCGCCCCAUGAGUUUGCAGAAACAACCGUACCAUCAUCCGGAAACAAAUUACGACAGAAAUAAAAGAGCGUCUUCACUCUCUCUAGACUGUAAUAUAGCGUAGAAUUGGGAUGGAAGGACAAGUUUAAUUACCGUACCGGACUCCCGCGUAAACAUCGCGAAAUUUCAUUCGUAUACAAAAAGCGUUUUCGCGAACGAAAAAGUUUUGCGGACCAGCCGCACCUGACGGCGAGACUGAAAUACAUUUUCGCCGCGAAAAAGCCCCCCGAGUCGAGUAAAAACCAAAUUAAAUUCUUAAGUCGUGGCCAAGAGGAGUCGUUGGAAUACGGUACACAGCUGUAAUUAUCUAUCGAAAAAUUUUCAGAAAAAAUCUAUAGGAGAGACUCUCUAGAUCACGGAGUCCACCAUUCGCGUAAUAUAAAUAAAUUGUCGCGAAUCGAAAUUCAAAGUUUUUCGCCCGAUCAGCCCGAACUCGCCACACUUUGAAAGUGAUUCGUGUGUAAAAAAAAAAAAAAAAAAAAAACAUGAUCUCCCUUCGUAGUGUUUAUUAAUCGAUAGCCGCUCUGCGCGUCCGAGAGCCGGCACUCCUGCCCGCAAACGUAUACGCGGCGCGCGCUGUUUUUAUUAAACGAUCGCAUCACGUUCCACCGGGGAAGGGGGAGGAGGAGGGGAGGUCAACAAUCCGGGUCGGCAGAGAAUAGUUAUCCACUUCGCGCAAAUAUCGAUCACCAACAGUCGUUUCGCGGACCAACUGCGAAAGUCGUUGAUGUCGUUAUACCGUGGGCACAAGUAUAGUAGAGCCUCCCCGACAACACUCUCCGUUGUAAAUACAUCUCAUAUCCUCUCCCAUUAUCCCUUUAUUCUCGGAGAAAAAUAAUCCGCAUUUUUGCCAAGCGGUUAGCGUCAAAUACACCGAGAUGUGCGUUCCUCCUCAUCUCACCUCUAUCGAUCCGAGAGAGAAGGAGAGAACGUGCGUUCCUUUAUAGAAAAUAAAUAUAAAAUUUAUAUCAAAAUCAUUUAAAAUAAAAUUAAUGAUAUUCUAAAUCUAAAUAACUCGAUUUAAUGAAAAAAGUAUUCAGGCGGUCGUAUUUGACGUUAAACGUGACGCUAGACGUGGCUGCUCGAAUCUCAUCCCGUCGAAGCGCUUUAUGUAAUGAACGAAGUGAAAUUUCAUUCAGACGACACGUAUCUAGUGCAAAUCAUUCGAUCGUUUAAUCAUUUUACUUGUGCGAAAACGGAAAAACUUAUUAAAUAAAUAAAUUUUCGAUUGCGCUAAGAGAAUAAAUUUAAUGGCGCGGGAGAAUGCGGGACGACACACGCGCGUUACACAAUCGCAUUCAUCGCCUAUACUCGAUUUUCUCUCUUUACUUAUCACGAAUCUUUCAUUAAGAUAUACUAUAAAGGCGCGAAUAUUACUGACAAAGCCCGCAGCCUUCUUUUCAUUCGCUCUCCCAUGGAGGUGCCGAUCCGAUCAAUGAUCGGCCAAUGUAAAUAUUAUUAUCGAGUGUGGGCGAACGAGAGAAAAGAAGGCGAGCGCGAAAUGCGCAUAGCGCUCAUCAUCGCCGUCGUGUUUUUUGGCGUGAAAAGACAAGCGAAUACUGACUCGUCAAAUCGAGAGGGGAAAGGUUCUCUUUCGAGAGAAUCCUUGGGCCAUAACAUAGGUCAUUAAUAAUAAUAAUAAUAUAAUAGUAAUAAUAAUAUUAAUAGGGAUAUUCCAGCGUUAUUUUGUACAUAAACAACUUUAUCAACAGAUAUUAAGAAGUCAUCAAUAAAUCUAUAUAUAAAAAAAUA